UUGAUAAACGAUACUCUGGUGACCAAUCGAUGGAAGAAAAUCCAUUCAGAUUCAAUCGAAAAGAAGAAGUUUUAUACGGUGCCAAGAUGGACGAACAAGUGUUAUCGCACUCGCUUAGUCGCAAAGUUUUCUUUCAUCCGGCGCCGCUACAAGUAUUCAAUACUUAGUAGUAUGUGUGGUCUAUGCUAUAAGAAUUUAGUGUUAGUUUCAAAAGCCACCAUUCUGUGUUAUUUUAGAUUUCUUUAA